AUGACUACAACGCGACCAGAACCCAUUCGAAUGAAGGACUCCGACGACUACAUCACCGCUCGACACGCCAAUCCCAAAACGGGGGCCAUAUCGCCAAGUCUCGGACCUCGAACACCAGGCAGUAAUCUCAGUACAUUCACGCCUGCGUCACCUGGAGAAGCGCUGAAGCUCCGCAGCCUUGGGCAAGAAUCGCCCACAGCGAAUGCAAGAGACAGACAUGCUUAUAGUCGAGCGAACGAAAGCAGGAAUCUCAGCGGUGCACAUAUCAAGCACAGUGUGGAGCCGCAGACAUGGCAUUACAAUACUGUUGGUCAGGCAAGAGGAGGUGCCGCAGUUCCAUACGUAAGAAGAGAUGUCAAGAGAAAGGAUAUACCACACUCGCCGCAUCCGCCUGAGCCAGAUAAAUUGGUGCACAUGCCUUCAGCGGAGGAACCGCAGCCCUUUGCAUACCCAGGCUAUUCUUCCGAGCAGAUUGACGCUCUGGAGCAUUACCGAUGCAAAUCUCCCCGAGUUUCUAGCGAUGGCUAUGACCAACGGCUCCUGCUGAAAACAAAGGAUGUAGGAGUGCCCCAUGUCUGCACAUGUCGGACCGCCGAGAUUGAGCACUGCACGAACUCAGACAUCUCCUCUGUAUGCGCGUGCCCGAAGUACUUUCGACCCUAUCAGGGUGCUCCGAGCCAGCAUGCAGCUGGCGAAGUCCCGCCGAUCAAAGUCCGCAAAAGACGAGGCGGCAGUGGAGGGAAUUAUCGGGUUGACGCUGGGAGAGGACCACCGCCGAGCGGCAUGCCAAAUGGCACCGUUGAGGAGGUCACAAUCAUUUCCUCGCCCUUGGCCACGAGAAAUGGCAAGGGCCAGCCAUCUCGGACUCUACCUGGAGCCUUUCCGAACUGCAGCGCAAAGACACCAUGUUGCGAGCUUCAUGCAGUGUCGGCGAAGCUCUUGUCCUCGAUCGACUUGGCGCCGAGAACAAAAUACGGCGAGCAUGCUCCUCUACACGACCAGGACGUCUGUAGGGGUGCGUCCUCGGAGUUGAUGCAGAUGCUUCCACCAGUGGAUCUGGUCCGCCCUGAACUUGCGGCGGUGCUCGGAGCAAGAGACGCUCGUCGAGCAGACUACCACAGGACUAACAAGUCCGUUGGAAGGAGUUGCUCGCUGGGAUGUCAGCGAGAUGGAAGUACAGGGCAAUGCACUGGGCGUCGAGACACAUCGCAGACCUCAGCAGCGCCAGAGGAGCAGGCCUCCCUCCCGAAGAUACCACCUCAAUACCUCGAACAAGCAGAGGAGUUCGUCAUCAGUAUCAUCACUUCUAUCCUCUGCUAUCUUCGCGACAUUCAGCUGCCGAAGAGUGACCUGGCUGAGACUCUCACUUCACCCACCGCCACCGUCAAAGAGAAGGCUAAGGCGUUGAAAGCUGCAUUGUCGUUGGCGGGACAUGUUCUCGCCAUCGGCAUGACACUGGGUAUCUUGAUCAUUCACAAUUCGCUAUUCAGCGAUAGUCGUGCCUCCACGGACUCAAUCGUCUCCGCCAGCUUCUGA